AUGGAUGAUGACAUUCAGACAGCAGCUGAUGGAGAGGAACACGUUUCUUGUAUUUCAGGCGAGCUCCUGAGGAAGAAGCGGCGGGAGAAGGACGGCCACAAAGACCCUCUGCUGCAGGAGAUCAGCCACCUGCAGGAGGAGGUCAUGACUCAGAUCUCCAACCUGCGCAAAGAGCACGAGGCCGCCGAGAAGAAACGCAACGAGAUUGACAAGGUGGCGCUCAUCCUCGGCCUGAACCCGUCCGACCGGCCGCGCAGGACCGUUAAGGCGGCCGCGGACGAGGAGGACGAACCAUCGCCACCAGAGAAGAAGAAACGGGAGCUGGAGAGGAGCCCUGACGGACGGCAGGCGGCCGGCAGCUUCACCAUAAAGACCUCAGCUGCGUUGUCGUCUUUGAGAGCGUCGCCGGACAAGCCGCCCGUCACCGGCCAUGCUCCGCCCCCGCCCCCGUUUGAAUACUAUGACGCUGGAAACCACUGGUGCAAAAACUGUAACGUCACCUCUGGUUCCAUGUUUGAUUUUUUCACGCACUUGCACAGCAAAACGCAUCGAAAGACUCUGGACCCGUACGACCGGCCCUGGGCUUCCACUCCCAGCAAAACCGCCAAGAACACACUGUCAGAAGAAAAGCUGACAAAACCCGCUAAAGGUUCGGAGUUCUUGCUGCCUGUCAGAGGAUUCUUCUGCCUGCUGUGUAAAGAGUUUUACGGAGAUGCCAUCUGUGCAGAAGAACAUGUCAUCACACAUUCUCACAAUGAGAAAUACAAGAAACAAAUGUAUGAGAAUCCAAUGUAUGAACAGCGGAGGAACCUGGACCGUCAGGCAGGACUAGCCUUAGAGACGAGUGGGAAGAAACGCAAACAUGAGGACGAUGAGAAAAGCAACAAAGACAAGGAGGAAAAGUCCAAACACAAAAAGGAGAAAAAGGACAAGGAGAAAAAGAAGGAAGACUCUGACACUGUUUACAAGGAAGACAAAUCUAGAGUUAAAAAGGAGGAAGAAGAGGACAAGCUGAAGCCCACCAAGAAAGAGGAGGAUUUUAAAGAUGCCAAAGGUCUGGAAGUGGAGAGGCCUUCUUACAGCAAGAAAGAUGAAGAUGAAAAGUCUAAGUUCAGCAAAAAGGAUGAUAAAUACCGCCACAGCAGAGAAGAGGAGGAGAGGGGUAAAUACAGCAGAAGAGAUGAGGACGACAGAUACAAAUACAGUAGAGAAGAAGAAUGUCGGUACCGAUAUCGUAGGGAAGAAGACGACAGAUACGACGACCGUUCCAAAUAUGGUCAGAGAGACGAUGAGGACAAGUAUAAACACGGUAAAUAUCCAGAUUACAGAUCCAAAUAUGACAGAGAGCGAGAUGAAGGAAAACCUAAGGCUGAGAAGGAAGCUUUUAAAAGGCUCGAGCCAGGGAAACCAGUGGUCAGCAAGCCUGAACCACCACCAAAACCCUAUGACCCGCCCAAAAUCCUUUGUGGACCCAGUCCGGCCAUGAGGGCAAAGCUCCGCAAGCAGAGCCUGGAAACUGGCAAACCAGUACCCGUGGCCACCACUGCUUCAUUCGGAAAGUUUACAUGGAAGAAGAGGGAGAAUGUUCUGGCGAAGGAAGCAGAGAAAGUGGCCGCAGAGUUCAUCAAGGAAGACGAAGAGGCUGUAAAGCAGAAUCCAGUCUCUGUGGAGGAUUCUUUCGCAAAAUCUAUGGCCGUUGCUAAAGAGAUCGCCCAGAAGCUUGGAGGCCCGACCAUGCCUCCUCCCUGGGUGUCCAAUGGUGCCAACCGGGGAAGGAUCCGGCCUAACCUCCCUGCACCGGCUGCAGUCCUGAGGAAAACCGCCAUGAUGGGUAAACCUGCACCUCUCAAUACCUUCCUCUCCAUAAGACCCCAAAACACCACUUUACUAGGGUCUCCUCCAAAAGACGAACUAGCGAAGCCACCAAUCAGUUAUCCUGGCCCAUUCGAGGAUAUGCGUGCACCGAUGGCUGGUAUACCAGAGCCAUUUAAGGCUACACUUCCACCUCCAGCAUUUGAGGUUAAACCUGUGCCAUCAGUAUCUAAAUCUGCACCAUUUGAGGUUAAACCUGCGCCACCUGUAUCUAAACCUGCACCAUUUGAGGUUAAACCUGUGCCACCAGUUUCUAAACCUGCACCAUUUGAGGUUAACCCUGCGCCACCAGUUUCUAAACCUACCCCAAUCGAGGCAAGGCCUGUGCUGUCUGAUGCUAAAUCUGCAUCAUGUGAGGCUAAACCUGUGCCAUCUGGAAUUACUCCAUCCACAGCUAAACCUGCACAACCAACAAUGAUUAAGAUAGUGUCUGAUGUGGCCGCUCCCGGCGUUCCUGAGAGUGAGCAAACUCGCACGGUGUUUGUCAAGCCUCCACCUUUCAUGAACCUAGGCGAUGGAGCGCAGAAGUCUGAGAAACACAAGAGUCAUCUGGCUGCAGCAAAAGCCCAGGACUUAUUCGACAUCUUCUACAGCAACAUGGGCCAAUCGGGUGCCUCCUCCAUCACCAAACCACCAACAGACGCCAGAGCUGACGAGAGCAGCACCAAUAAAAGUAAACCUUCUACCCCGCAAACACCAAAACCACAACCCCAGUGUCAGCUUCUUGCCCAGUCCCAACCUCCAGCUGCGGCUGAUACAUCUACACAACUAGACUCGAACAAUUCCUCAACCAGUCCCCAAUCCCAGUCAGAAUCAGACAUCCAAAUUGCUUCCGUUUGGUCCUUGCAGCCUACCCCAGCUCAAUCACAUGAGGUGGCCCCAUCUGAAACCAAUCCACGAACCACCCAACAAAAACUGAAUCCACUAGCCCAGUCUGAGGCUCCUAGUGUACCCCAGAAUCAGUCUGAGGCUCCUAGUGUACCCCAGAAUCAGUCUGAGGCUCCUAGUGUACCCCAGAAUCAGUCUGAGGCUCCUAGUGUACCCCAGAAUCAGUCUGAGGCUCCUAGUGUACCCCAGAAUCAGUCUGAGGCUCAGAGGUCACCCCAAACCCAGUCCUCCAGUCCUAAAUUUGAGUCCAAAAUCGCCCAACAUACCGAGCCUUCCAAGUUGGAACCAACACCUCAAACUCUGUCUCCUCAAAUCCAAACCGAGCCACAAGCUGAACCCCAACCAGACCAGGGCAGCCAGCCCCAUUCCCAUCCAGAUACCCAUCCUGACACAGCUCCAGAACCUGAACCAAAACCAGGCCCCAAAACUAGAGGCAAGGCAACUCCGACAAAGAGAACCCCCCUUGCCCCCCGCCCAGCCCGACAAACCAGAUCCCAAACCAGAUACCAGACCCGGCGACAGCAGCAGAGCCAGCCUGAGCCUGAGCCUGAGCUGGCUUCAGGAGAUUCUGACUCUGCAGCUUCAGACCAAAAAGGACUGGACACGUCUGAUCCUGGCUCUGAGAUGCAUGCGGAGGAGGGGGUUCCCAGCGAGGGGGACCGUCAGAUGAUGGCGAUAACCCCUGAAACCCUGGGCCUCCCCUCUGACAUGACCUCUCUAGACUUUGAGUACGAUUUUAACUUUGAGUAGAAGCUGGAUCGGACUGUGUGACAAGAAUCUGAGGAGGCGGUUUCUUUUAUAACUACUCAAAUAUCCAGGAUUUUCAAAAGAUCAUAAUCCACAGUUUUUCAUCAAUAAUUUACUGGACUUAAAGGCAGCUGGACGUGGCGAUAAAGACACUCGCACUGACGGACUUGAGACUUUUACAACAGUGACCAUUAUCUGUUUAAAGGACCAGUUUGACGUUCAGUAAAUCUUGUUCUCGGGUGUUCUCCAGAGUCUCAGAAGAGUUUCAGAUGGAUAUCAGUUUCAUUCCUCUGCGUCCAGUACAGAGUCCAGAAUCUCUCUAGUCCUGUAUGGCAUAUAAUCUUAUACUUUUAUUAAUAACCCCCUGAAAGGGAAAAAAACAAUAACAAUGAGUUUAUUAUUUGCCAAAAAGGUAUUGCCUGUAGUUUAUGCUUUCGUGUCUUAGACCUCCAUUGUCAACUGAAUGAUAUUUAGAAACACAUUCCUUUUCUCACCUGCAGUACUUGUUAGUAAAAAUCACUGGUUUUGGUUUGAGUCUGCAGAUGGGAUUCAAUAAUUAGAAAAGAAGUGGAAAAAUAGUCCUUUUCCAGUUUUUGAACAGCAACGGAUUUAAGCUAACUUUAUGUGGCCAAAACGUUCUAGGUCUGUGUUUGGACGUGGCCACAAAGUUCCUUCAAUCUGGGUCCCCACAAGAGGUCAAAGGACAUGUUUACAGGGUGGUAAGACAAUAAACAGGACAGAAUGCUUUUUUUCUUAUAGAUUACUGGAAAAUAAUUCCUCUUCAGGCAUUUGAAAUGACAGACAUAUGGAGCCAUCGUCUCAUUUUGAUGGGGUCCAGAAAAAUUAGGAAAUCGCAUAUUAAACCAUCUCUGCUAUCUACAUAUGUUUGGUCACGUAGUGUAUGACACUACACAGGCGAUAGUUGUUAGUAGGUUAAAUUCAUUGACUCUUGUAAAUACAGACUAAACACGUGGAGAUGAAGCUGAUAUCGGACUCAGAGCUCAAACUGUUCCUUUAAAGCUCACAGUUCUCUUUGUCACAUUUUCUUAUUGUUCUUUCAGCCAACUCUUUUAUUUCUCCUGCUGCAGGUAAAGUACUGUACACAGUUUAUUGUUUUCCUUGUUUUCUAAUUCAGGUUCAGUUUAUUUUUUCCUCAGAAUGAUGAGAUGUUGUGUUGAUGCAGAGAGUUCACCCAGUUAAGCUGUGUGAAGUAAAAGUCGCAACACGGACCAAAAAACGUCUCGGUUAGUUUGAAAGCUGCAGUUCAUAAAGAACCGGGAGGUGAUUCCUGUGAAACUGCAUCAGGUUUUCUCCCUACGUUGUUUGACUGAUGUGUGGUAAAUCACUCUGUGUGAGUCAGAACAGAAGCAAACUGCUCGUCUUGUAAAAUGUGUUGCUUUAAGUAGAAUUUUAAUAAAAGUUAGUGAGGAAACAA